AUGAGUCGCUUUUGGAGAACUGUUCGACCAUGGGUUUUGGUUGAUGCAAACCGGAAGAUGUCUUUGCCAGAACGCUUCUUAAAGAACGAAGACUUAGAACCUGUACCGAAAGAACAACGUAAAUGGGGGCCCUGGAACUAUGUUGCCUUCUGGAUGGCAGAUGCUGUGAACAUUAACACUUGGAUGAUUGCUGGCACCACCAUCCAAGCUGGCUUAAGCUGGUGGGAAUCAUGGAUCUGUGUUUGGGUUGGCUACCUGUUCUGUGGUAUCCUUGUUGCCAUUACUGGUCGUGCCGGUGCUGUGUAUCAUGCUCCGUUUCCUAUGCUUGUACGAAGCUCAUUUGGAACAUGGGGUUCACUUUGGCCCAUUCUUAACCGUGCUGUUUUGGCUUGUAUUUGGUAUGGUGUUCAAGCAUGGAUCGGCGGAGAAACGGUGACGCUUAUGCUUCGAUCCAUCUGGCCUUCCUUUAAGAAUAUCAAAAACACAAUGGCGUCCAGUGGAACGGAAACGUAUGAAUGGCUAGGCUUUUUCAUAUUUUGGUUGAUUUCUCUUGUUGCCAUUUGGUUCCCCGUAUACCAAAUUCGUCACUUAUUCACGGUCAAAUCGUAUUUGGCACCAAUUGCUGCCUGGGCUUUUUUCAUAUGGGCAGUCGUGAAAGCAAAGGGCUUGGGCCCUGUAAUUCAUGAAUCUACGCAGCUUAAUCGUUGGGAUCACGGCUGGGCGAUUGUUGAUGGCAUUGUAAAUUGCAUUGAUGGCUUUGCUACCCUGAUUGUGAACAAUCCAGACUUUACUCGUUUCGCCAAGACUCCAAGUUGUUCAUUCUUACCACAAUUGGUGACUAUCCCAAUUGUUUUUGGUAUUACCUCGUUCAUCGGAAUUAUGGUGGCUUCUGCUUCAAAAGCUCUUUAUGGCGCUGCCAUUUGGGAUCCGACACAGUUGUUGGCUUCAUUCCUCGAUAACCAACCAACUCAUGGAACUCGAGCUGGCGUUUUCUUCAUUUCUGCUGGUCUUUGCUUAGCCCAAUUGGGUGUCAACAUUGCAGCAAACUCGGUGUCAGCUGGCAAUGACAUGUCGGCUUUAUUGCCAAUGCUUAUCAACAUUCGUCGUGGCGGUUACAUAGCAGCUAUUGUCGGCAUCUGCAUUUGUCCGUGGAAGUUGCUGAGUUCAAGUAACAAGUUUACAACGUAUCUUUCAGCUUACUCCGUUUUCCUUUCUUCCUUUGCUGGUGUCAUUGUCGCUGAUUACUAUAUUGUCCGUAAGGGUUAUAUUAAGGUUGCUUCUAUUUACGACUGGCGCUUUCAAAACAAUCCAUACUGGUUUUGGAAGGGUAUUUCACUGCGUGGAUUCGCUUCCUACAUUUUGGGCAUGCUCGUUAAUAUUGUGGGUCUUUUCGGGGCCUGUGGUGCGAAGGUUCCUAAAUCUGCAAACACGCUGUUCCGCCUCAAUUACUUCCUUGGUUUCUUAGUCGCAUUCAUCUCGCAUAUUAUCAUUUGUCGUGUAUGGCCCGUUGAAGCGGCAGGAGACAAGUGGUCCGCUGAAGCACCUGAAGAGGUUGAGGAUUACAUUGUGGCUCGCGAUUUGGAACGUGAGAAAGCGGCUUCUUCCUCUGUUGACUCUGUCGAGUAUAUCGACGGACUGCAAAUUGACGAAAAGCCUGUUAAGACAAAGGCGGAUGAAGCAAAAACAGAUAUACAACAAAUUCUUUAA